CCACGAAAUGUAAGAGCCGAGAGGGUUGAGGAAACUUCUCCUAUCCAGCUUUGACUUGCACACAACUCUCUCUCUGCAACCCCUCUUGGAAUUGUCGUUGUAAAUAAUUACUUUCUGAACUCCAUGUCCUUUUCUCUCUUUCUUUAGAUAAAUGGCGAUGGACACAAAGACCAUUUACAGCUAAAUCUACUUACAUUUUCAGAAACGAAACUAGAAGCCAUAACAAAAGGGAUGUUCUCACCACUAGCUUUCGUCUAAGCAAAGGUUGCAAGAAACUUGAACAACACACCUAUAAUCCUAUAUAUGAAUUCCAUCUUUUUGUGACACAGUGGAAUGGACCGGAUCGCUCUCGCAAGCCAGGUAUAAAAAACCAUAAAUUAAGAAACAGUAGGAUGCCCAAGUGGUUCAAGAGGAAGCCCAAGAGAGCUGCUGACCAGUAUCAACCAAAUGAACUUUCAGAUGGGAAUGAAGAUGAAAGUGAUGAAUACCUGGAUGACAUGCUCGUUCGGUCGUCGGAGUCGGAUCCAUGCACUUCAAGCACUAAUGAGUUAAGAAUUUUUGUGGGUACUUGGAACGUGGCGGGGAGGUCUCCCAUAGGGAGCUUGGCCGUCGAUUUGGAUGAGUGGUUGAAUCUAAAAGACGCGGCUGACAUAUACGUUCUCGGAUUUCAAGAGAUUGUACCUUUAAAGACCCGAACUGUGAUUGGAGCAGAAGAUCCAACAGAAGCAACAAAUUGGAACCGGCUCAUAGGGAAAACUCUCAACGACAAGUAUGGCUGCCCUUGGUUAACGCCCAUGGUAACUCGAUUCUCAAGCGACAACUACCACUAUGUACCAGCUUCUGAGUCGGAUAGGAGAGCGAGCUUUAGCAGCUAUACUGAGAAGUCUGAGCUUCCAUGGAGAGAGCGAUCGGGAACUGUACGUGAGAUGCCAAAGGUUGGGAGCAAGUACAAACUAAUGGCUAGCAAGAAGAUGGUUGGAGUUUUUAUAAGUGUGUGGAUGAAGGAUGACUUGCUCAGGAAGCACUGCAUUUCCAAUGUUAAAGUUUGCUCUGUGGCUUGUGGCAUCAUGGGCUACUUGGGAAACAAAGGUUCGGUUUCAGUUAGCAUGGCCAUUGACGGAACUAGCUUCUGCUUUAUUGCAGCACAUUUAGCCUCUGGCGAGAAAAAAGGCGAUGAAGGACGAAGGAAUCACCAAGUGUCGGAGAUUUUUAGGCGAACUUUUUUCCCUCGUUCCCCAGGAGACGACGAUAACCCUCAUCCUCUUACCAUAUUAGGUCACGAUCGGAUAUUCUGGUUUGGGGAUCUCAACUAUAGGCUGUAUUUAGAAGACAAUCUUGCCAGGCAACUAAUAAAGAAGCAAGACUGGAGAGCAUUGCAAGAGUUUGAUCAACUUCGAAGGGAAAAAGAAUAUGAUGGAGUAUUUCAGGGCUGGAAGGAGGGAGACAUAGAAUUCGCCCCUACCUACAAAUAUUCUCAAGCAAAUUGUAAUCGUUACUCAGGAGGUCUUCCAAGCAGAUCAGGAGAGAAGCAAAGGACGCCAGCAUGGUGUGACAGAAUUCUAUGGUAUGGAAAAGGUGUGAAGCAACUCUCCUAUUUCCGCAGUGAAAGCAAGUUCUCUGAUCACCGGCCUGUCUCUGCACUAUUCUCAACACAAAUAGAAGUGGUGAAACCUAACACUACAAGAGUUGGUCUGCAAAACAUUUUUCCCACCAUACUUCCCAGUGACCAAAUUGGAACAAGCAGAGGUGGUGACGAAGCCAAGUCAACAUUGCUUUCUUUAUUAAUAAGAGACAUAGAAGCAUCGCCCAGACAUGCACAAAUUGUAGAGAAAAAAACAGAAAGUGAAUGCAGCUGACCUUUAAAGGUUGCCUUGCGACAGCUGCAAUUUUUUUUUAUAGAUACUUUAUUGUAAUCAUUUUUUACCAUUAUAUUUGGAGUUUUGUAAAAGGUACUCUAGAUGGACUGAAUAUUGUGAGUAUAAAGAUUAAUUAAGAUGUAUAUUUUACCAUAAAUGACGGAUGAUUGUAUGAUAAUCUACCAAUCAAAAAUUGUAGUUGAGCUCUUGCAUUGCUAUUC